AUGCCGACUGAUACGAAGCGUGUUCGCGGUCCUGAAACUUCUCAGAGCCCGGUUCUGUUCGGAUGCAAACCCGCAGCAGAUCUGCCCUCGCACGGCCCGCGAGUGGAUGGGCGGCAGCGGGACCAGGUGGACAUCCGGCCGGUGUUUGUGCGCUGCGGCCCGGUCAGCCAAGCUAACGGCUCAGCGUACAUCGAGGCCGGAAACACCAAGCUAAUGUGCUGCGUUUAUGGACCGCGGGAAACCGGGCGUAAAGAUGAGACCGAUAUGAAAUGUGGAAGGUUGACCACCGACAUGCGCUUGGCUCCGUUCUCCUGCCCGGUGAGGGGCUCGUGGAUCCAGGGGACCCAGGACAAGGACCUGUCUCUGAUGCUGUACGAGAGCCUGCAGCCGGCCGUGUGCCUCCACAAGUACCCGCGCUCUCAGAUCGAGGUCAGCGUGAUGGUUCUGGAGAGCAGCGGCUCGGUUCUGGCCCACGCCAUCACAUGCGCGUCUUUGGCGCUGGCGGACGCGGGUAUCGAGAUGUACGAUCUGGUUCUGGGUUGCUCCCUCCAUCAGGACGGCGACUCGUACGUGGUGGACCCCACGUCCGAGGAGGAGAGCAGCUGGAGCGCCGGCGGCGGUCUGACGCUGGCCUUCCUGCCCAGCCUGAACCAGGUGUCGGGGCUGCAGUCGAACGGGGACAUGACCCUGGAGACUCUGACCGCCGGGGUCCGGACCUGCAUCGAGGGAUGUUACAAACUGUACCCGGUUGUCCAGCAGGCCCUGACCCGAGCUGUACGCCGGGCGGCUCCACCGCCGUCAGAGAGCUGAGACCCAACAGGUUCUGUUCUGGUUUUAGCUCGUUUGGGUUUCUCUGUGAACCAAGUUUGUUUUCUGAGAAUAGACAAAAACCUUUAUAUAAAA